AUGAGUUGCCGGAGUCGAUCAAACAGUUACACUUGCACGUCACCUGUUACCAUGCCGCGGCUCCGAAAAAAUUCGGAGGACUCAUUAAGGCUCUCACACAUCAGAACCCUAGCCAGUCUCCGCGUGUCAGUUUCUAAAACGAUAGUUGAUCGCCUUUCAACCAAUGGACUAGAUCCGACAGCAAUGGGCGCAGAAACAAUCUCACCAUGCCUUCCUAUCGAUAGUGACUGGGAAUCUUGGGAACAGGUUUUGAACAAUCCACUCGGUGUGUCUGAUUUAACUCUUUCAAAGAUUCUCGGGCUACGAUCUACCGGCAGCGCAUUUCCUUUAUCAAACUCGAAGAGCUGGGUGAAGGAAGACCACAUUCUUUACAUCCGUUCAUUCCUCUUGAAAGCGAAUGAGCUACGAGCCAUCAUAAUGAAGUUCCAUGAAAAUGGGAUUGAGACUGGUACCACGUUGUCAUGGCUAGAUUACAUUAAUGGAAUACGACCAGAGCAAAGAGUCUAUAUUCGAUACGUUGGCAAAUCAAAUCGUUCGGCAGCGUUGCGCUUCAGGGAAGACAUUUUGCUUAGGCAGCGUGGUUUUAUCGCCAAAUUUGUCCAAGCUUUGGGUGACCUUUUCCCCCAAUCUCUUGAUUCCGCGUCGGUAUAUGAGCUUCAGGGCAGCUACGCGCCAAAACUUGCCGAGCACAUAGAGAGAGUUUUGAUUGUCUUGCUUGGCUUCCCUUCAUUGUUAAACCAGCGACUUUGGCCAAUCAACCUUUUCAGGCCCAGCGUUGCACAUGCAAACGCCUUUCGAAAGCUUGGAACAAGGACUAUUGCUCGUCUCAAGCCGUCUGAAUUCCACCCAUCGCCAAAUUUCUUGUCUCUUGAGACCUGGGGUGAAAAGGUCCAGGCUUAUGCGGAAGCACACCAGCUUUCCGUUUGCGUUUGGAGGAACAAAGUGUACCCGUUCUCAAAUGCCCUUAGACGGACUAUCAUCGAACAAGGCAGACCGUCAACCUUUCAAGGAAAAUUCGUGUUGUUUCUAGUUAUCGGAGAGCGGAUUCCUGCUCUGGAUUAUCGAGAGGCAACCGGGUUCUUCUCCAGCCCUUGCAACUCUUCUGAUUUGCUCAAAGGCUUUUUGACAAGACUUUGGAGCUGGGAGGAAGGCCAACCGAUGACACCCUCUCAAAAUGAUAUCUGCAGACUCAUAGCCGCCGGUGCGAUACCUUUCGUGGAUCUGUGCCCAUGGAUAAAAGCCGAAGGGACACACCUUUUGGAAGCGUCACAUCUUUUAAGAGAAUAUACGUCAUCCGUUAAGCCCAUGAUCGUCAUUUCUAUCGCUACAAGGUCUUCGUCAGUUGUUGCCUCCGGGUUUUCUCAUGCCUUUGGAUAUCCACAAUCUUGCAAAUUUCGCGAUAAAGUUGGCCGACUGAACUUGGUUCAUUGUGGGUCAGAAUUUUGUUGCCUGCAAAUACCAUGCUUCCACCCUGGCCAGGCGCGUUUCUCAGCCAACCCUGAGACAUUUGCCAAGGUUCUAGAUAUGACUCUGUGGGUACUACUGUUGACUAUAAGUGUUACUUUGGACUCCGCGGCAACUUUCGAAGAACGGACACGCGAGGACUGGUGUAUUUACAUCAAGAACACCGUGGAACAAAGAUUACGCAAUGAGAACUUUUACAGCUCUUACGACCAGUUGAAAGCAAAACUUCAAGAUGAAAGACCGAAAUGGUGCUCAACAGGUCUUAUCUCACGGGAUCGUUACCAUCUGGCGGUGGCUUCCCGGCCAGUAAAGGACCGACUUCUCUUGGUGGGCUUUGCCGUUGAUGAACCGAGCUUGUCUCGUCGCAGACAACAAGUUUGGACUUUGUGGCAUCUAAAUAUUCCGGAAUUGCAUAGCCACAUAAGUCGAGAAAGAAAGGAUGAAUGGUUCUCUUGGGCGAACGAUCUGGAAAAUGGCACGUCUUUUCUGGCCCAUGCCAUUGUGAGUGCCGUGCUGGAUUCCAACUCUACCUCGCCUCCAUGUGCACUCUCGGGAAACCAGCAAGUCUCUCUAUUUACGGCAGGGAGACCAAGGAAACGCCAGAAAAUAUUGCAAGAACUUAAUAAAGUUGCUGAGAACUUUGGCUAUUCAGGGAUUCUGAAUGUUUCCACGAAUUCCGAUCUUGUUCCAUCAAGCAUUGUCGGAUUUUUGGAGGCUCUUUCAUUGGAGUCAUCUGGGCCCAUAAGCCACCAUGAGGCUGUAAAGCGCGUGACGGCCGAGCUUUCAGUAGCGCUUCUGCCAUCGCAAUUGCUCGAUGCUUGCAAAUUGCUCGAAGAGGAAUGGGAUAUCGGUCGAGCUGAUCGAUUCAAAGCCGAAUAUCAACAGAGCUGGAGCGGAGCGCCAGUAGCCAUUUGGAAAAAUUUCAAGUUCGCCAUUUUCUGGGAAAGUCCCGAUGGGCAAAAAUUCAAAUUCGUUCUCUGUCCGCCUGCUUCGACCUGUCGGGCCCCCUUUUCAAAAGGAAAAUGCAUUUUCUUGUGUGUUACCUUUUAUUCAUGGAAUAACGAGGAUCUUGGUUCUCAGCUUGUGAGAAUGUGGGAGCAUGAAACCGGGCUAACAUGGAGCAGUAUCAUAGCGGAGCAACUUAAAAGGGCCGCGGCGAUGAAAGGAAGCAGCACCAAUGUCAGCGCAAUCCCCGGAAGUUUUUUUUCGGGACCGAGCAAAUCUCUUCUCAGCUCGCAUUUGUCAACCGCGAAAUCGCAGCUCUAUCAGGGCAACCCACAACCAUCGGAUGCUCUCUGGCUGUUGCAGAUGUGCGUAUAUCAGCACUGGCCAAAGGGCGGAACUGUGUUCAUUGGAGACCCCGACAAGUUUACAUGGCGUGACGACAAUUUCUGGGUGCAGCUUUGGAAGUCCUUGGCAAGUGGGAAGUACUCCAAUCACCCGCGUAUCGACGAAGUAAGCGCGUGGGCGUUGGAUCUUUCGAAUUCAUGGAAAACGCAGCAGGUGAUCGCAAAUUUGAAAUGCUUCUGUCGCAUCCGCAAUCAGAAAAAGAUUCAAGUCAGAGACUAUGAAAGAAUACGCAAAGAGAAGAAGGAUGUUAAGGUCGUUGGAACAGAAGUGGAGAUCGUUUAUGACCUUGUGGCUUGA